UCCAUAUCGAAUCAAGACAUCAAAAAUAUUUUGUAACCAACAAUGUGCGACUUCACCCAAUAUGCCGGCCCCUCUACAGAAUGGCUUGAGGUUGAAAAGAAACUCCUAGCCCUAACCUUCGAUAUCACGCAAGAACCUUUGAUCCUAAAACACGCCGUCAACGAUGGUCGCGAACAAGUCGCUUCCAAAGCGAUGGAGACUCUUGCGUCCAAAGUCCACAUGCUUAACCACACCAUCCCCACACGCGAUGGAUCCACCAUCGAAGCUCGCAGCUAUCGACCCGCCAGCAAGAAGAUAUCCGAAAAACUUCCUGUCUACUUGUUCUUCCACGGCGGAGGCUUCUUGUUCGGCACAUUAGCGAGCGAGGACGCAACCUGUGCUCAGAUCGCGGCCAAUAUCGGCAUUGUGGUUGUGAAUGUGAAUUAUCGACAUACGCCUGAACAUACGUUUCCAAUAGCAUGGCUUGACUCCCAAGACGCCUUUGAAUGGUUACAUUCGCACAUUGAAGAGAUUGGAGGAGAUAGAGAGAAGGUUGUUGUCGGUGGGAUAUCGGCUGGCGGACAACUCUCCGCAUCAUUAGUCCUCGAACAGAAUUUGGGGAAAGCUCUAACGAAGUGCCCGCCAGUCGCGGGCCAAGUACUGAUGAUACCAUGCGUGGCGCAUAUCGACACAUUCGGGGAGUCUCAGGCAAAACAGUUGAAAAAUCCAUCACACUCCUCAUAUGUGGAGAACAAGGAUGCGCCGAUAUUACCGGAGAAGACCGUCCGCUUUUUCAUGAGUCUUUUGAAAACCGAGAUCCCAGAUUUGAAGGAUACGAAACUCAAUCCAGGAAAUGCGACUCCCGGAGAUGUGAAGGGAAUGCCGCCAACGGUAUUUGGCAUUGCUGGAUUGGAUCCGUUAAGGGAUGAGGCUCUUCUGUAUGCAAAAACACUUGCAGAGUCAGGCGUUCCGACAAAUAUUACUCUUUUUAAAGGGGUUCCACAUGGAUUUAGAAGGUUUGGAAGUGCGUUAUCAGCGUGCCGAACUUGGGAUGAGUGUGUGGAGAAAGGGAUACUGUGGGCACUUUCAAAUCCCAAGGCGACGGGAAAAUUUGAGGUCAAAGUGAAGUGA